CUCGACGUCAAAAACGGUCAAUUGAAAAUAUUUCGCGGCGGAAUAUUCUGAAACGAAAAGCUUUGUAUAUUCAUAUUUAAGGUGUUUAUUGGAUAUGCAGGGCGAUGGAGUGCACUCAGAGGCUUGAGUGUACACAGGACUUAAACCCCGAAUCUUACACUCAACGGACUGGCCCAGAUCAGGUUGGUUUCCUUGGUAUAUGUGGACAAACAUACCCAAUACACGUCGGGCCAAACAAGGUUGGAAGAGACCCUCAAACAUGCAGCAUUGUUUUGGAUAUGAAUUCACUGUCCCGGCAGCAUGCCGUCAUCAAUGUGCUGGCCAGCAGCAGCAAGAAAGAAUACAUGCUUAUGGACUUGGGAUCAGUUAAUAAAACUAAGCUAGGACUGAAAACCCUGCAGCCCUACAUACCAUAUACACUUCAAAAUGGCGACACAAUUCAGUUUGGAGAUGUUUUUGGCAUAUUCAGGUUAUUUGAAGAGGAUACCGAUCUUCCAAUGACUCAGGACAUUGGUAUUCCGGACACUCCUGUGUUCAGUCGCCAGAUGUCCAAGCUUGGCCACAGCGCCAUGACUACUGUCCCUGAGUCACCGGAUGUUAGUGAUAAAGAUGACUCUUUCAUUGGCUCAUCACAACAGCCCAAAGACCCAGAGUUCAAGAGUCCAAGAAAUAACUUUAUUAAACCUUCAGCAAAAACAGUUCUGAGACCAUCAAUAGGCACUAACAAAAUAAACAACAUAUUUUGGACUUCAUCUCAGAAAUCACCAUCUUUGAAACUAAAUCUCGAUGACUCUAGUGACUCUUUAAAUGAAUCAUCAUCAUCAGCCAGUACCAUUAAAACUGUAACUACCAAUGAUGCCAAAGAUGUGCAUGAGAUGGACACACAGGUGCCAUAUGCCACAAAUGAUCUAAAUGAAUCUACAGACUCUAUUUAUACAGCCAACACUCAACUACCUCAAAGCAAUUCUCAGUCAAUUCAUAACUUAAAUACGCAAUUACCUACAAAUGAAAACUUGCCAGUGGUCAAUAAAAUUACUGAGCAACAUAAUAUAGAAUUUGAGCUGUCUGUUGCAGACAACAAAGACAAAGAAAGUAUAUUUGAUGCCAAAACUCAACUAUUUGUACCUGAUGAUGUACAUAAUGCUGAAACGCAGGUUAUGGUAUCUGGGAAAGAUAAAUCAAUAGAUAAUGGGAGACAAUCAUUAAAUGUUCGUAAAGAUAAUGAAUAUGAAAUACACGACGCCAAAACACAAAUCUUUACUGAGCAGCCACAACUAUCAAACAAUAAUGAAGAAGCUGACAGAAUAUCACAGAAAACAAUCAGUGAAUCAGAUGAAGAAAUAUUAAAUGAUGAAUUUGUCAAUGAUGAUUUUGAAAUGAAAAACGAAGAAAACAUGAGAAAGGGUUUAAAUGCAACGAAAGAAAAAGAGUCCGUGUGCAAAACUAAUGAAUCAGAUGAUGAAAUAUUAUUUGAUGAUUUGGAUGGCCGAGAUGUUAUGUAUGAUAAUUUAUCACAACCACUACUAGGUCCAGAAGUAUCGCCUAGUAAAUUGAGUGAUAAAGAAAACAUUGAAGUACAGAUGAAUGAUAGUCAAAGUACAUGCUCUCCAAUCAUAGGCAGAAAAAGAAAUGUAAAAAGACUCGAUUCAGAUAACUCUACCGAUUGUGAAGAUUUACUAUUACCAGUUCAAAAGAAACCUUCUAAACCAGUUAUAGAUGAAGACGAGACAGAUUGUGAAGAUAAUAUUGCAGGCGAUAGAAACGAAAUCAAUGAAGACAUUGCAAUAUUACCCACACAGCAAAUUGUAAUUCAGAAUAAUAUCCCUGAUGAUGAUGAAACUGACUGUGAAGAAGACAUUUUCAAUGACGAUCCAAUAGUCAUUAAAAACAAACCACCAAAGGCUGAUAAUAAACCUGUAGAAUUUGAAGAUAUGGCUACUCAAUUAUUAGAGGAAGACACUACUGCAAACAGCAAAACUAAUAUUGAAGAUAUGCAAACGCAAAUGAUUGAUGAACCCACUGAUAAACAACCAACAAUCGCGGAUGGUGAUUGUUUGGAAGACAUGGCGACACAAGUUAUAACAGUUGAAAAUGAAAAUAAAGCUGAUGUAGCCAACAAUGAUGCAAGUCCAUUUAAAAUACCUUUUAUGUCGCCGAUAAAAGUAAAAAGAAAAGAUAUCUUAAAGCUAGCUCCAAGAAGUGUGACACCUCGACCUGCACUGAACCAAUCAACAUCCAAAAACAAUGAAAAGAACAGUGAAGAGGCGUAUUACGCAGCGACGCAAGAUAUACUCGAUGAUUUGUGUACUCAAAAAGUAUGUGAGGACGAUGAUGAGAUUGUUCCCUGUUCAGUAGAAGAUUUCGAAGUUGGGGAUCCAUUCCGACAUAUAGAUGCCGACCUGACUCCUAAGAAAAAAAUACUAGUAGCUGAUAAAUCCUUUGGAUCCUCGGACACAGAAGAAAAAAUCGGAAAUUAUGUAUCUAGUUUGUCCAACUCGCAAAUUAAAGAAGUUGUCGGUGUUAAAGAUGUGUCUGUAUCGGAAUUAUCAAAGAAAUCGUCAAGUGAUAUGUCUGACCUAGAAGUGACUCCAAAAAAAGUCCGCCCAAUAAAAUUCAUGAAUGUAGAGCUUCCAGACAGCCAGGAAAUUAAGACUAGCGUUCACCGAUCUGCUAACUGUGCCACUACAGAAUCUUCCAGUGAGUCUGAACAAGAGGCUGAAUCGCAGGAAAACACACCCAUCCUUUUCAAAAAGAAGAAACGAUUGAAAAAAAAUGAUGCUAAGGUUGAUCUCAAGACCAAAUUCCAGUUAGAGGCGUUACCGACCCGCUGUUUAACACGGGUUCGUAGACCGCCAAUUAAACUAGAAGAUCAAGCUAAGACGUUAUCGGAAACUAUAUUAAAACCUAAAUACCUCACGGAACAAGAAGAUGAUAUUGACAAAGAAAUAUUAACUGAAAAUUUAACACGACUUAAAAAUGACAAAAAGAAAGCUACGGACAAAGAAAAAAGAAACGAUGAUAAAGACACAGUACCCAGUGUGCAGAAAGAAUCCAGUAUAAAAAAAGAACAAAGUGAAAAUAAAUCAAAGGAUAAAGCUAAAGGAGAUGAUUUGACAGUGAAUACUAGAAAUAAGUCUAAAAGAAAAUCGGAUGAGCAAAAAGAAAAUGCUAACAAAAAAUCAUCCUCAAAAUCUAAAAAAAAUGUAGCUAGUAAAGUAGAUGAUCAUGAUAAAGUUGAUGUAAUUGAUACUAAAGAAUCGAAACGUAGUGUCAGAAAUUCAUCGAAAACUAAAAAAGAAUCGAAUGAGAUACAUAAUAAAGCAUCCACGUCAAGUGGUAUGAGAUCACCUAGAGAUAUUGAAAUGAAAAUGUCAAAUGAUAAUGAAAAAAUAGGAAUCAAGGAAAUUAAAUCUACUGUGAGUAGUCCCACAAAACAUAAAACGAUUGCGACUAGAAAGUCACAAGGCCAAGAUAAAAUGAAAAAUACGGAGUCUACUUCGAAAACGAAUUCUACACACAACAACAAGACAUUGAAGUCAAAAGAAAUUGAGACGUUAAUAAAUUCAGCAACUGAUGAAAUAGUAAAGCAAGAACCAGCUCCAACUACUAGGGGAAGAGGCAGACCUAGAAAGGAAAAGCAAUCCAAAUCUCCAGAAAAACAAAAAGAGAAAGAAAAACCAAAAACAACAAGAGGAAGAAAAACAUCACCAUCACCUCCUACAGAAACCUCCAGCGUAAGAAGAAGUAAACGACAAAGAACUCCUAAAGACAAAGGCGAUAGUCAAUCAGACUCACAAACCGAAAAGCCUUCAAAAGAAAAGAAAGAAAGAAAAACUAAAUCAGCAAACAAAGAUGUUAAACCAGAACCUCUUCUCAAGUCAAUAUUGAAAACAAGAAACAGUAAUCAUGAAAUGAGCACUGUCUAUAAUAUGUCUACGGAAUCCACGUCGGCUGACACUCCAAAGGGUUUGAAGAGGCCAUCGACAGAAACAAGAGAGCCAAGUCCAAAAAGAUCCAGGUCUUCAGCAGCGCAAAAUGCGACACCAAAUAAAGCGGUAGAAAAACAGUUUGUCUUGUUCACUGCAUUCCCUAAUGAAGAAGUGAAAUCAAAGUUGGUGAAACUCGGAGCGGUAUUAGUCUCCGACGUGUCAGCCUGCACCGUACUAGUCACAUUACAAGUGAAGCGAACAUUCAAGCUACUAUGUGUGGUGGGGCUCGGAAAGCCGAUAGUCGGGCCAGCCUGGGUGCAGGCGUGUGUUGACAGCAAUACUAUUGUUGACCCAUGGCAACACAUCCUGCGCGACGAAGCUGCGGAGAAGCGGUUCCACUUCGACCUACACCGCACGCUGACCGGCCCUCGAGCCUUCCUGCGCGGGUGCAGUGUGUCCGCCACGCCCGGCGUGCUGCCUAGCGCGCCGGAGAUGAAACUAAUCGUGGAAAGUUCCGGCGGCACUUGGAAGGAGGGCGGUAAGAACUGGCUCUGUGUCUCCCACCCCAAUGAUAAGGCUUUAUGGCCGAGCCUGAAGCGGAGAGGAGCAACCCUCGUCUCUACUGAGCUGAUAUUAGGAGGCGUUUUACGACAAAAGUUGGAUAUUGAGCAGAACAGGCUACAAGUGAGAGUGUCCAUUGUUAAUAACUAGUUGUUAGGGCUUAGAGUUUUUAGUGAUCACUGAUUAUGGAUUAAUCGUAAGUUGGAAUAGCCCCACAGUUGAGAGUUGAUGGGGAAAAGGGAAACAAUGCCAUGUGAUAUAACUUGAAAAAAAUGAGUUUUAUGUCGAGAUAACUAAAGUUAUUAUUGAUUGUAUGUACUUGUUUGUACAUUGCAUUUUUUCAUGAAAAUAAGACGCCGCAGAAAUGUUUUCAUACAGAAAUCGGUGAUUUUAAAGUUUGUUUCACGUUUAUAAUUUAGAUUUAAUUUUCUCAGUUGAUUUGAUAAUUAGUAUGUACCUGCAGUUUGUUAAUUACUACAUUUUAGUUUUAGAUGUUAAGUUUUUAUGUGUUGUUUUAUGAACUUUUGGGUCAUU